CACGGAGGCCCAUGAAAACAUAAACAGAGGAGCAGAGGAACGUUCGUGGUGCCCGUUCGCCGUCAUCCGCGGCCGAGGCGUAUUCGCUCCCUCCUGUUCUCCGAGCCCCAAAAUGCAGCUUCGACGCGGCGAUCGGGAGUAGAAGCGGAGGAUCGCGGACCGAGCUGCAGCGAACCGUGCGACCGGAGAGAGGCGGGUGUUGGCGGACAUACAGGAUGGCGAGCGGAGAGCGAGCUACAGGGGACCUGAACGACUCCGGUAACUCUGAUCGAGGAGAGAGAAGCAGAGCAAACCCUGAUGGGGCACCAGCUGAACACGACGCCGGGUCCCGGAGCACAGCUGGUCCCGACCGAGAGGAAGAGGAUGCAGAAAACAUGGAGGGCAGCGAAGAAGAAGAAGCCAGGGAGGGUGGCGGGAGCGCGAGGGACGGGAGGAUGAUGGACGCAGAAGGGGACGGGACCAGGGAGACCCGGAAGAGACGCAGGGAGCGGGAGCCAUCCGGGGGCGGGGCUACACACAGCUCCUCCAGCUCGGAGGAGGAGGACGAGGCGGAGGAGGAGGAGCCGCACGCCGAGGAAGAUGAGCAGGCGAUAGAGGCGUGGCUGGGGGCAGAGGUGCGGGAGCUGGCAGUGCCCUCCUGGAGGGCGGUGCCGUCUCUGCGGGCGCGCGAAAUCGGACGGGGAGCCCAGUUUGUGCGGCGGGCGUGCGGCGCGAGGGGCUUGGUGCAGCGGCUCGAGCUGCAGAGCAAUCUGGAGCGGCACGCGGGCUGCGUCAACACCCUCCACUUCAACCCGUCGGGCACACGCCUGGCGUCCGGCAGCGACGACCUCCGCGUGAUCCUGUGGGACUGGGCGCGGUGCCGGGCCGAGCUGGAGUUCGACAGCGGCCACAAGAGCAACGUGUUUCAGGCCAAGUUCCUGCCCCACAGCGGAGACUCCACCCUGGCCAUGUGUGCACGGGACGGCCAGAUCCGGGUGGCCGAGCUGUCCGCAACGCAGCGCUGCAAGAACACCAAGAGGGUCGCCCAGCACAAGGGCGCCGCCCACAGGCUGGCCCUGGAGCCCGACUCCCCGUGUUCCUUUCUGUCUGCCGGGGAGGACGCCGUGGUCUUCGGCAUCGACCUGCGCCUGGACCGCCCGUCCACGAAACUGGUGGUGGUGAAGGAGGGCGAUCGGAAAGUGGGGCUCUACUCCAUCUUCGUGAACCCGGCAAACGCACACCACUUUGCCGUGGGUGGGAGAGACCAGUAUGUUAGGGUCUACGACCAGAGAAAGAUCAACGAGAACGACAACAACGGGGUCAUGAAGAAAUUCUGCCCGUCCCACCUCGUGUCCACCGAGGGCAAGGCUAACAUCACCUGUCUUGUGUACAGCCACAAUGGCUCGGAGGUACUUGCCAGCUAUAACGACGAGGACAUCUACCUGUUUGACAACAGCCAUGGUGAUGGGGCAGAUUAUAUCCGGCGGUACAAGGGCCACCGUAACAAUGCCACAGUAAAGGGUGUGAAUUUCUACGGGCCGCGGAGCGAGUUUGUGGUCAGCGGCAGCGACUGCGGACACAUCUACCUAUGGGAAAAGAACUCGGCUCGCAUCGUCCAGUUCAUGGAGGGGGACAGAGGAGGAGUGGUGAACUGUCUGGAACCCCACCCCUACCUUCCUGUCUUAGCCACCAGUGGCCUGGAUCAUGAUGUUAAACUGUGGGCCCCUACAGCCCAGACCCCCACCGGCCUGAAGGGUCUCAAAGAGGUGAUGAAGAAGAACAAGCGUGAGCGCGAUGAAGACAGCGUGCGUCACGGCGAUACGUAUGACACGCAGCUGCUCUGGUUCCUCAUGAGGCACAUGAGACACAGGCGUCCGCAGAGGAGCCGGCGGGCGGACGGGGACACGGACGAGUCCUGGAGUUCUGCCGAAUCCUCCAACGACGAGGACACGGGUCCCGACCACGUGCAGUGCAUGUCUUCCUGAGCUGGAGGCAAAACCAGAGCCCACCCCCCACCACGCACGCACACACU